AUGGGUCAGGCGGCCAAGGUGACAGGGCUGGGGCGGAAGGUGGGUGCGAUGCUGAUGGGGAGGGUUUUACAGCUCUUUAAAACAUUGCACAGGACCAGACAACAAGUUUUUAAAAAUGAUACCAGGGCACUAGAAGCAGCCAGAAUUAAGAUAAAUGAAGAAUUCAGAAAUAAUAAAAGUGAGACAUCUCCUAAGAAAAUAGAAGAGCUAAUGAAAAUAGGUUCCGAUGUUGAAUUGUUACUCAGAACAUCUGUUGUACAGGGUAUACUCACAGACCACAAUACAUUGAAAUUGGUUCCUAGGAAAGACCUUCUUAUAGAAAACGUGCCAUAUUGUGAUACACCAACUCAAAAGCAAUGA